AUGGCGUCUCUCGCGGGAGUUCGUAUUUUAAUAAGAAAUACCGGUAAAUUUAGAAAUCCGAUCAGUCGAACAUGUUUACGAAGUGUUGUUACACAACUUCAAUCAAACGAACGAUAUUUUCACUGCAAAAGACAAAGUAUUGUCACACUUGUACCACAGGAAAAUAUACAAUCUGUACGUACUUACAGUACAAACCCUGAAACUAAGAAAAUUGAAGAACGUGUAUUGAAUGUAGUCAAUGCUUUUGAUAAAAUAACUACUGAUAAGGUUGGCACACGAGUCAAGCAGGUGCGUCAAUACAGUAUUGCUGAGCCAAUGUCACUUGAUCUUAUUCGCAAGCGUAUAUUUUUGGUACUCAAUCUGUAUGAUAAAAUUGAUCCUCAGAAGUUAUCUUUGGAUUCUCAUUUUAUUGAUGAUCUGGGUUUGGACUCUUUAGAUCAUAUAGAAGUUAUAAUGGCCAUAGAAGAUGAAUUUGGCUUUGAAAUACCAGAUAUGGAUGCAGAAAAACUUUUACGACCCGCAGAUAUAGUACGUUACGUAGCAGAUAGACAUGACGUUUAUGAAUAA